GUUUCUGCUGCAUCUCCCCAGAGCUAACAGGGAGCUAGCAGAUCAGAGGGAGGAGACACGCUCAGACCAGCCUUGUGUGUUUGUGGGGUUUUAUGUGUGUUUGUGUGUGAGUGUGUGUGCCCGUCGCAGACUAGCAGGCACGGCCACAGUGCUGUUUCACCAGACUUUUUCUCUUUAACCUUGCCAGCUCAGCUUCAGGCCUGCUUCUUCUUCCUCUGUUCAGGAUACAGAGGGAUCAGCGAGGGGGGGAAACAGAAACCCUUUUACUCUGAAAACACCUCGUAGUGUGUGUGACAGCUCCAGGCAGGAUGAUAGCCGCUCAGCUUCUGGCCUACUACUUCACCGAGUUGAAGGAUGAUCAACUCAAAAAGAUUGAUAAGUACCUGUACUCCAUGCGGUUCUCCGAUGACACGGUGAAGGACAUCAUGAACCGGUUCAGGAGGGAGAUGGAGAACGGGCUCGGCCGGGACACCAGCCCCACCGCCACCGUGAAGAUGCUGCCCACCUUCGUACGCUCCAUCCCUGACGGAUCAGAGAAGGGGGACUUCAUCGCUCUGGAUCUCGGAGGCUCUAACUUCCGGAUCCUGAGGGUCAAAGUGACUCAGGACAAGAAGCAGCCGGUGCAGAUGGAGAGCCAGGUGUACGAGACUCCUGAUGACAUCAUCCACGGCAACGGGACGCGGCUGUUCGGCCAUGUCGCAGAUUGCCUGGGCGACUUCAUGGAGAAGCAAAACAUCAAGGAUAAAAAGCUCCCAGUAGGAUUUACGUUCUCCUUCCCCUGCGCCCAGACCAAACUAGACGAGGCGGUCUUAGUGACAUGGACAAAGAAGUUUAAAGCCAGCGGAGUAGAAGGCAUGGACGUCGUGCAGCUUCUGAACAAGGCCAUCAAGAAACGAGGGGACUAUGAGGCGGACAUCAUGGCGGUGGUUAAUGACACGACCGGCACCAUGAUGACGUGUGGAUUUGACGAUCAGCGCUGUGAAGUCGGCAUCAUCAUAGGAACAGGAACGAACGCGUGCUACAUGGAGGAGCUGCGCCACAUCGACCUGGUGGAGGGGGACGAGGGCAGGAUGUGCAUCAACACGGAGUGGGGGGCGUUCGGAGACGACGGCUCGCUGGAGGACAUCCGCUCAGAGUUCGACCGCGAGAUCGACAGGGGGUCCAUCAACCCCGGGAAACAGCUGUUCGAGAAGAUGGCGAGUGGGAUGUACAUGGGGGAGCUGGUGCGAAUCAUCCUGGUGAAGAUGGCCAAAGAGGGGCUUAUUUUCGAGGGGAGGAUAACCCCCGAGCUGCUGACUAAAGGAAAGAUCGAGACGAAACACGUGUCUGCCAUCGAAAAGACUAAAGAAGGGCUGAAGAAGUGUAUGGAGAUCCUGACGAGGCUCGGGGUGGAGCCGUCAGAUGAAGAUUGUCUCGCUGUUCAGCACGUGUGCGCCAUCGUAUCUUUCCGCUCUGCCAAUCUGAUUUCUGCCACACUGGGAGGCAUCCUCUCCCGUCUGAAGGAAAACAAAGGAGUCGCACGCCUCCGCACGACCGUGGGCAUCGACGGCUCGCUCUACAAGAUGCACCCUCAAUACGCUCGCCGUCUGCACAAGACGGUGCGCCGCCUGGUGCCGGACUCAGACGUGCGCUUCCUGCUGUCGGAGAGUGGGAGCGCCAAAGGAGCCGCCAUGGUGACGGCCGUCGCUUAUCGUCUGACGGAGCAGGCGCGUCAGAUCCAGCAGACGAUGGAGGAGUUCAGGCUGAGCAAAGAGCAGCUGCUGGAGGUGAAGAAACGCAUGAGGGUGGAGAUCGAGAGAGGCCUGAAGAAGAGCAGCCACGAGGAGGCCACCGUCAAAAUGCUGCCCACUUUCGUCCGAAGAACACCAGAUGGAACAGAGAACGGAGAUUUCCUCGCUCUGGACCUCGGAGGAACAAACUUCCGUGUGCUUCUGGUGAAGAUUCGCAGCGGGAAGAAGCGAUCGGUGGAAAUGCACAACAAGAUCUACGCCAUUCCCAUAGAGGUCAUGCAGGGCACCGGAGAAGAGCUCUUUGACCACAUCGUGCACUGCAUCUCUGAUUUCCUGGACUACAUGGGAAUGAAAAGCGCUCGCCUGCCGCUGGGUUUCACUUUCUCCUUCCCCUGCCAUCAGACCAGCCUCGACGCAGGUAUUCUCGUAACCUGGACCAAAGGCUUCAAGGCUACAGACUGUGAGGGUGAAAAUGUGGUGGAGCUUCUUCGGGACGCCAUCAAGAGGAAAGAGGUGGAGGAUCCAGAGUUUGAGCUGGAUGUUGUUGCGAUAGUGAACGACACGGUGGGCACGAUGAUGACCUGCGCAUACGAGGAGCCAAACUGUGAAGUGGGACUGAUCGCAGGGACCGGAAGUAACGCCUGCUACAUGGAGGAGGCGAAGAACAUCGAGAUCGUGGAGGGAAACGAGGGCCGCAUGUGUGUGAACAUGGAGUGGGGAGCGUUCGGAGACAACGGCUGUCUGGAUGAUAUCAGGACAACGUACGACCAGUCGGUGGACGAGAACUCGCUCAACGAAGGGAAACAGAGAUUCGAGAAGAUGUGCAGUGGGAUGUACCUCGGAGAAAUCGUCAGGCAGAUUUUGCUCGAUCUGACCAAGCGUGGCUUCCUCUUCCGGGGACAAAUCUCUGAGGCGUUGAAGACCCGAGGCAUCUUCGAGACCAAGUUCCUGUCACAGAUAGAGAGUGAUCGUCUGGCGCUCCUUCAGGUCAGAGCCAUCCUGCAGCAGCUGGGUCUGGACAGCACCUGUGAUGACAGUAUAAUCGUGAAGGAGGUGUGUGGCACGGUGUCCCGUCGCGCCGCUCAGAUCUGCGGAGCCGGGAUGGCGGCCGUGGUCGACAAGAUCCGUGAGAACAGAAGCCUCGAGCACCUCGACAUCACAGUGGGAGUGGACGGCACGCUCUACAAGCUGCACCCACACUUCUCACGGAUUUUCCAUCAGACGGUGAAGGAUCUCGCCCCGAAAUGUGACGUCAACUUCCUGCUGUCGGAGGACGGCAGCGGGAAGGGAGCCGCUCUCAUCACUGCAGUCGGCUGCCGGCAGAGAGAGCUGGACGCCCAGCAGCAGUGAGGAAACCUGGUUCUCCUGGAGGGAAAACGACAUGCUGCUCCACCUGCUUCUCCUGGAGGAAAGACUACCUGCUGCUCCACCUGCUUCUCCUGGAGGAAAGACUACCUGCUGCUCCACCCUAAACUGCACCCACCUUUCAUUUCCCCCCCUUUUGGCAGCCGUGACUCCCCCCCUCCACACACAGCCAGAGAGUCAUGCUGCAUGAAUAGGAAAUUAAAUAUCUAAUUUAUUUAUACUGCACCAGAGGGUUUAUUAUUUCCAUGUUUGUACAUUUUCCUCUAUAACUCAUCAGUAAACUGAUAAACCUAAAACAAAUCCAUAGGUGUGCAAUAUGUGUAUUGCUAAUUUUAUUUUUCUAUGUAUGGAGGCAAAUAUAUAAAUGUAUUUAUAUAGCUGAGGCCACUUUGAAUCCCAGAGGUCAUUAGGAUUUUUGCAUCAUAGACACAAGAAAAUGUCAGCAUGUCUUUUUAUAUGAGGGUUACGAACAAGCAGGUAACUUCCCAAUGAAGGACGUCUUUCUCACUGAAUGAGGAAAGUCGUUGCAAAAAGGGUUGAACGCAAGAGUCACGGCUGUUCAAAUCAUCCUCAUGUCUGUGCAACAUGCCCACACAAUGUGCUUGGCUACUAACCACUUUUUGUGUAACUGUCAGUGUAACUCACAUAUUAAAGUAAUCCAACGGCACCGCACCAUUUUCUCCUAGAAAGGCAGAAAGUGGAGGUGUUAGCGUAUCCUGUUGCUAUUUGUGAACUACUAUACUUUUGGUGUUGUGAUGAAUCCCCACUUUUUCUCAUUGUAUGUGCAAACGAAUAAAUGUUUAUUGGGCCCCGUGAAAAGAGUGGAUACUAUGAGUGCUUCUGUGUGUGUUUGUGGCGAGUGUCGGUGUGUCUUACUGUAGUGAGCUGUAGCUUUCAAUGUCCAAAGCUCUGUGGAGACUGCAUGCCUUACAUUAAGACAAAGGAGAGUUCUGGAUCAGUUUUCUUUUCUUCUGUUUUUCUUUUGUACAUCAAUAGAGAUUUGUGAUCGACACAGUGAAAGUGAAUUCAUUAAAUUAUAUUUUGUUGUGGACCAAA